AUGAGUCGCUAUCUCAUAGCCACUGCUCUGGUCUGGUGCUCGGUAGUCCUCCCGACCCUGGGCCAGACUUUCUCUGGAUUCGAGCCGGCCACAUCUAAUCCGCUGACCGUCGCAUGGGGUGAAACUCCUCUAAACUAUUCCGGCCAGCUACUGUCCCUUGACUUCCUCGCCGCCCAAGGCUUUCCUACCGUGGGUCUACCGGUAGAUUCCAAAUGCAAUGGGACCUAUAUCCUUCUGAUGGUGGACCCUGAUGCGCUUCAAGGCAACAUCGAAACUCAGACAGGUCUGCAUGCCAUCCGGGGCAAUUAUACGUGUAAUUCGGAACACGUGACGACGCUGGGUAACACUACGUUUCUUGAGCUUGACACCGAGUCACAGUUUUUGGCCGCGUUUAUCCCACCGGCGCCGCAAGCAAAGAACCCGGUCGUAACGCAUCGUUACACGCUCUUACUAUUCAACCAGCCGGAGAAUUAUACUCUCCCCGGCACGCUUGCUUAUGCUCUGCCGCUUGACCUAUCAAACGUCACCAAUCGGCUGAACUUCAACGUCACGGAGUUUGUUGACACUUUGGGAGGGUCAGUUGUCGCUGGAACCUACUUCGACGUGGACAGUCCUUUAGCGAAUUCGACGACAGCCCCAUCGGCAACUAGUACUGGCGGCACUUCCUCUACCGGCGAAGCUACUUCAAGCUCAACUCCCGACAGUGGGGUCAGAUCUGCCAGACUAUCGAACACUUCGGUGGGAAUGGCGGCAGUGGGGGCUAUCCUAAGCAUAGUGUGUAUCACUGCUGGACAGUAG